AUGAAGGGAGCAGUUGAUCCUGAGUAUUCCAUUAUAAAGUCCAAAUGUGUUUUCCUUGGGGAACAUGGCGCUGGCAAAACAUCCAUCAUCCUACGUUUCAUGCAUGAUACAUUCGAUCCAGCUUAUCAUGCUACAAUAGGCAUUGACUUUGUUUCCAAAACUCUCUGUUUCAAUGAAAAAUCAAUACGUUUGCAGCUGUGGGAUACAGCUGGUCAGGAAAGGUUUAGCAGCCUCAUUCCUAGCUAUAUAAAGGAUUCAUCUGUGGCAAUUAUCGUUUAUGAUGUCACAAGUCGUGAAUCAUUUGUCAGAGCGGAUAAAUGGAUCUCAGAAAUUCGCACUGAACGUCCAUCGAAAACAUUGAUUUUUCUUGUUGGCAACAAAGUUGAUUUAGAAGACAAACGAGUCGUAACGACUGAAGAAGCAGCUAAAAAAGCUGAAAAAGAAAAUUUAUUCUUUGUUGAAACUAGUGCCAAAACAGAUUUCCAAAUAAAUAAGUUGUUCGAUGAAGUUGUCAUGGAAAUCGUUAAAAGUAUAAAUAAUUCAAAAGAAAAUGAACAUUCAAAUAAUAAUAUUGAAUUGGAUAAAGAUCAUGGUUAUUGGAAAUGUUGGUGCUUUUAA